CACCUCACAGCCCCAGAGCGGGUGGCAGCUUCAGGUCGCCGCCGCCGGGACAAAGAUGUCCCAUCGCAGCCUGUGCGCGACUGCUGUCCUCCUGCUGGUGGUCCUAAAGGAGCAGCCUUCCAGCUCAGCCCCACUGAACGGAUCCAAGUGGACCUAUGUUGGUCCUGCUGGGGAAAAGAACUGGCCCAAGAAGUACCCGUCGUGUGGAGGCCUCCUGCAGUCCCCGAUAGACCUCCAUGGUGACAUACUGCAGUACGAUGCCAGCCUCGCACCCCUCCAGUUCCAAGGUUAUAAUGUGUCUGUUGAAAAGAUGUUGAACUUGACCAAUGAUGGCCAUUCAGUGCGACUGAAUCUGGACUCGGACAUGUACAUCCGGGGCCUCCAGCCCCACCAGUACAGGGCGGAGCAGCUGCACUUGCACUGGGGGAACCGCAAUGACCCCCACGGCUCCGAACACACCGUGAGUGGGAAGCACUUUGCCGCUGAGCUGCACAUCGUCCAUUAUAACUCUGACCUGUACCCUGACUUCAGCUCCGCCAGUGUCAAGUCUGAAGGCCUCGCUGUCCUUGCUGUUCUCAUCGAGAUAGGCUCUGUCAAUCCGUCAUACGACAAGAUCUUCAGUCACCUUCAGCACGUUAAGUACAAAGGCCAGCAAGUGCCCAUCCCAGGUUUCAACGUUGAAGAACUUCUGCCCGAGAGCCCUGGCGAGUAUUACCGCUACGAAGGGUCCCUGACGACACCUCCUUGCUACCCUACCGUGCUCUGGACAGUUUUCCGAAACCCUGUGCAGAUUUCCCAGGAACAGCUGCUAGCUCUGGAGACAGCUCUGUACUUCACACACAUGGACGAUCCUUCCCCCAGAGAAAUGGUCAACAACUUCCGGAAGGUCCAGAAGUUUGACGAGAGGCUGGUGUACAUCUCCUUCCGACAAGUAGGAACCCUUACCGACACAGGACUGAGUUUGGGAAUCAUCCUCUCAGUGGCCCUGGCUGGUGCUCUUGGCAUCUCCAUUGUCCUGGCAGUGUCCAUUUGGCUCUUCAAAAGGAAGAAGAGCAGAAAAGGUGACAACAAGGGAGUCAUUUAUAAACCAGCCCUCAAGAAGGAGACUGAGGUCCACGCCUGAGGUCCCUGGCACUCUCAGACAUCCAAGGAAGGACCUUGCUUUGGACACUACAUACUUUGGCUCUCUGGACACUUGAAAUACCUCAAGGUGUUCUCUCGAGCUCGCCUGUACCCCCUUCCCCCAGACUCUUGUGCGGCUUCUAGCUGGGGCUCCCCUGUUCUGUUGUCACAGCCACCCCAGGGCACCCAGUGAAUGGGAUGAUGUGCACUGGGGCAGGAGCCUUGAGCUGACUUCUCUAGCUGCGUGAGAUGGCUAAAGGUUCUGAACUCUGGCCACGAACCUAGCCUGCUGGUGGACUGUUAUGGUUUCCCAUCCUGGGUUCUUCCUGGUACAUCUGUAGUGUCCUGAACAUU